AUGAAGAGUGUUUGGGACAUUGAUCCGAUCACUUCAGAACAGAAGCUGAACACCAGAAGCUUUGUUCACAAGUUGGAAGGAAAGUGGAAGACAAUAACUAGAGGCGGCGGCAUCUCCAAAGCUGAGACACAAGCCUACGAAAGCAUCGUCGAGGCUGUUAUCACCCAUACAAUCCGGGGAAUCGAUGAUCUGCCGCUACCGUCGACUUGGGCAGAAAUCACGGCUCUCAAGGUCAUGUUCAAAAAUAAGAUCUUCCUUUUAUCCCGCCAUGCAGUUGUUGCCCAACAAUUGUUCCCCAGGGCCAAUCUGCACGAGUGGAAGUUAAACACACGAGGUCCUACAGGCGGCAAAUAUUGGGGAAGUAAUCCACUCCUAUUUUCAACGCUAAGUCUUUCCGAUCAUAUUUCCGAUCAUUUGUCGAGAAACCAAACGGCUCAAGAGAUUGCAGAGCUUUUCAAACGCAUACGAUCUAGUGAGACUGCCAAUGAUAUUAGAGAGAACGAGAAUCCUCUCAAGAAGUUACGUUUCGCUUUUUGGGGCCCCGUCGAGGGAAACACCAAAUACGUUGUACGCAAUGCUGUCGAUGACACCGUCGAGAAUGGCUUCAAAGAUACCGUUGAAGACAAUGUUAAAGAUGUCGAAGAUACUGCCGCCGAUCCGAGCACUUCCAAGCAAACGAUGCCUCCCAUCCCCGAUGACACUGGAGACUCUGGUGAUUCUGGCGACUCGAAUAAGUUUUGGAGUAUAUUCGAGAACAAGCUCGCUCCGAUCCGCAAAGCAGCACAAGAGGGCACUGCGAUCACCACACGAAUGGUUGAUGAUCUCCGAAAAGCUCACUUAGAGGAGCUCAAGGGACAGCAGCCUGACGGGAUUUUCAAGCAAAUUGAAAAGCAGCAUGCCCGAGAAUUGCGAGACAUCCGAGCUAGGUAUGAAGGGGUUAUUACAGCAUGGCUCAAUGGUGUCUCGAGUACCCUCCAGAGCACAUACCAGGAUCUCUCGACAUUGGGUGAUUACAAGGAGUAA